CUCGCUGCGUAGGAGAAACGGAGACAUCGCUCAGCGGCAUGACUAAGCGCCCAUUGAACGUGCGUAAUACAUGCUUUAAUCUAAAACAGAAUAUUUCACGUGGUGUCGUCUUGAAAAAGGACAACAUUGCAUAUGCACUUGCAAACGCCGCAAACGGAGUGUAUGCCUAUAUACACACUAUUCAUUCGAAGAUGAAGCAAUCACUCUUUUACUUGCUCCUUCUGUUCUUCCUAUCCGUCGCGAAAUCGGACGAUGAAACAUACGUCGAACUGGACGAAUACGAAGUGAAAAAUAAAUUCAGCGUCCGUGUCUUGCGAGAAUCUUCUCUGCGGUGCGGGCUGGACCUUCGGGAUGAGGCCGAAAUUGAAAUGAGGACUUUCUCCCCGGGGGUGCAUAUAAUGCCUCACAUACUAUCGGACUACCAAUUUGGCUACGCCCAACAGAAAAUUAUAGUCGGCGAACACAACGUUACCCCCUUAAAUGAGGGACUGCGAGGAAUGUGCGUUGGCGAGCUAAGACGAGUUGGCAUCCCCAUUGGUAACAUAGGCAAGGUGUACUAUGAAAUUACCUUGAAGGACUACACAAAGGGAACACCCCCAAGAGACGAGCUGUAGAUGGGGUCGCUUUUCCCUUGCAAAUAUACAGUUGGUGUACCACAAACUAGGUGUAUAUCCACGUUUUCAUUCGUAAUACGUCUGCGCGAGGAGGAAAUCCCCAACUGUGCCAGCCCUCAGUGAGUCCCACCUUCAUGCGUACUAUUACAUAUGCAUUUGCAUGUGUAUGUUCUCCUCCCCUGA